CUUAGCCGUAAUAUUUCGACUAAAGGUGCAUUGCACGAAACCCUUCCCCGCUUUAUUCAUUGAAACAGCGCGCCAUCUACUGUUUAACUUGGGGGCAGACGUUAACGAUAAAGUUAAAACGGGCGGUUUUACAAUAAGUAGGCAUAUUGGAAUUUCACAACCCCCUGCUAAGUUUGAUGCCAUUUUAAUAAUAUUCUUAAUAUGUGGGUACUGUUUGUUUUUUAAAUAGUGGGAAAAAAACUAAAAAUACAACUUCGGGUUAUGUUGCGUAUAUAAAUAGUUGGAAGAGACGAGUGCUGUUUUUUGGAGUCCUGCAGUCUAAGCAUAUUCAUGAGCCACUGGGGUCCGACUCCGCCCCCAGCGUUAGUGCGAAGCCCACAGGUCUGUCAGAUCCUCAGCGUCGGGGUCUGAGGGCUCCCAGUGUUUCCAGGGGCUGGAUGUAGGGCUGGCUUUCCCUUGCUUUUCCACUUUUGGUUUCUUGUUUCUUUGCCUUGAGUGAGUUUACGUCUUCAGCGUCCAAGAGUGGACGGGGAGCGGCCGGCAGACUCGGUAUGGAGGGACCCUUUGUGACUCUGAGGACCCUCAUCCUUCUGCAAACUGUGUGUCUGAUUCUGGCGCAAGUGACCAGUCCACCAGGACGGCUGGGUCCUCUUGGCCCGCCAGGACCCGCAGGAACCCCUGGAUCUGAUGGUAUCGACGGAGAGAAAGGACCCCCAGGUCCCCCCGGCCCAGUAGGUGCGAAGGGGGAACCAGGAGAGCCAGGGCGGGAUGGCUCUCCAGGAGAGAAUGGAAUCGAUGGUCUGAUUGGACCAAAGGGAGAACGAGGGCCAAUUGGGAACCCUGGUCCCAAGGGCCAACCGGGGCCUCUAGGCAGACCUGGACCACCGGGGCCUGGACUCCUCGGACUGCCUGGACUGCCUGGUCCAAUUGGUCUGCCAGGUGUAAUGGGAAAAGCAGGCAUCAAGGGCCUCAUGGGUCCACCCGGGUCUCCAGGAUUACCAGGAGCCCCAGGCAAACCAGGCCGUCCAGGAAAGUUCACAGGAGAGGAAGGAAGUGCAGACUUCCAGUGUCCCACAAACUGUCCAGCAGGGCUGAAGGGACCCCAGGGUCUUCAGGGAGUGAAGGGACAUAAGGGUCGUGCUGGGAUGCUGGGUGAUUCCGGGAGCAUUGGAAGGCAGGGAAUCAAGGGCGAUGGGGGAAUCUCUGGAGAGCAAGGAAUCCCUGGACCUCCGGGUCCGAUGGGGCUCAGAGGUUACCCCGGAAUGGUUGGACCCAAAGGGGAAACUGGUCCUCAAGGAUACAAGGGCAUUGCAGGACCUGUUGGCAUUCAUGGUCUACCGGGUGAGGAAGGACCCCGGGGCCCACCAGGAAGCCCUGGUGAGAAGGGAGACUUGGGCGCACGUGGUAUCAGGGGACCUCAGGGUGUCGUUGGCAAAAAGGGGGAGCACGGUUUACCCGGCAUUGAUGGGAAGGAUGGCACACCUGGUAUUCCUGGAAUGAAGGGAAGCCAAGGACAAGCUGGCAUGCCAGGACCUCCAGGCCCACAGGGGGCAGCGGGAUUACCGGGCAGCCCAGGAACUAAGGGAGGACUGGGGGCAAAGGGUGAACCUGGACCUCGGGGUUUGGUGGGAAUGACUGGCCCUCCUGGACCUCAGGGCGAGCCGGGCCGACCUGGAGAAGUAGGAAUGGAGGGUGUUCCUGGCCCAAAGGGGGACCGGGGCCAGAGAGGACCGGUGGGGCCUCAGGGCGUCGUCGGCCAGCCUGGCAGUAAGGGAGAGAGAGGACCAAUGGGUGUACCUGGACCUCAAGGCCUCUCUGGGACCAAGGGCGACAAGGGAUUCCAAGGAAAAGUUGGAAUGAAAGGAGAUUUUGGUGAUCCAGGUGUAGAGGGACUGGCGGGAGAGAAAGGAGAGAAGGGUUUGUCUGGAGAACCUGGACUGAAAGGACAGCAAGGAGUGAGGGGUGAUCCCGGUCACAACGGCCCUACUGGAGACUCGGGCAAGCCUGGAGACAAGGGCCCCUCUGGGCUACCGGGGCCCCGGGGCCUCCAUGGAGAGCGAGGAGUGCCAGGCAUGCCAGGGAGGUCAGGAGUUCCUGGCCGGGACACCACAGACCAGCACAUCGUUGAGGUCGUGCUGAAGAUGCUCCAGGAGCGACUGGCAGCGGUGGCUGUCAGUGCCAAGAGGGCAGUUCUAGGUGGAGCAGGCGUCAUGGGCCCCCCGGGGCCUCCCGGCCCCCCAGGACCCCCCGGAGCACAGGGACCACACGGACACACAGGGUCUCGGGGCAUCCCUGGAAUUUUUGGCGCAUCUGGACAGAUCGGGAACACUGGCCCUAAAGGAAAGCGGGGUAUGAAAGGCGCUCCGGGAGACCCAGGUCGUCCUCACCCCGGCCAGCCUGGACCUCCUGGAAUCCCAGGUCCCCAGGGUGUCGACGGCGUGGCCCGCGAUGGCAGGCCUGGUGAGCGGGGCCCCCAGGGCAUUGCAGGUGUAGCAGGGCGACCCGGAAAGGUGGGCCCGCCGGGACUCCCCGGCUUCUGCGAGGCCGCAGCUUGCCUUGCAGCCUCGGCCUACACCUCCCCGCGUCUCCAGGAGCCGGGCACUAUCAAGGGGCCCUCAAAAUAAGCCCGCAGUGUUGGGGAGUCAGAGAAUGAGAGAGACCUAGAGAGACUGGUGCACACACACGCCUUCCCUUCUAUCGGCCAUCAUGGAGCGGUGAGAGGGGUCGUUCCUUUGUGAUUGACGUUACACCCUCCAGUCUGAGUGGACAGCCACUUCCAUUCGAAACCAUCUAGUCUGUGAUUGGACAGUCUGCACCUUUAGUCACUUCGGAACCACCAAUCUCCCUGCUGCCGCCUAUGCCCCUCCCCCUCUCCAGACACAGGAACAUCCCCAUUAACGCCCUUGACAUUGCUGUGAACAGCCCUGGACUGACAGAAGAGAGAUUUAAGGCGCUAUACAUAUUUUUUUUGCAUCUUCUGUUUCUCCUCCCACAUCCUGGUCGCUUUAGAUUCAUCCAAUCCAUUUAAAAACAGAAAGAUAAACAUAUUCCACAUAAAAAAAUUAAAAAUAACCAAUAAAAUGUUGUAGUUAUUACAUUAUAUGUAUUGUUAAUUACCUCAUGUGACGGCUUAAUUUCAAUGGUUUUCCUGUCUGUGCAGUUCAAAAUCUCACUGCAUCUGGGCCAGUUCGCUAUUAAGAGUCACAGUCAUAGGGUGCUCUUUUGGUUGGCUGGAACAAAAUCAUGGUUUGUAUUACUACUUUCUGGACCUGAGAUUUCCACUCCUGCUGUCCAGACAACUCAGUUCCCAUGAUUCCAUGCUGUAAAUCUUUGUAAAUGUGUGUUUUCAUUAUAAUAGGAUGUUAUAAGAUCUAGUGUUUCAUCCUGUGACUCCAACAAAUCUACAAUGAUCAGCUUCCAGGAUACCGUCAGCGUGUACGAUUGAAAAUAAGAAGGGAACCUGGUUAUUUUCAUUAACAGAAAUGUAUUUAUUGUUUUGUUGGUUCAACUGUAAAGACAUAGUAUUUUUCCUGGUUGUUUCAUGGAGCCAGAAUUAAUAAAGAGGAACCUUUUAUAAAAGCGAAAGUUCUUCUCUAUCGCCUGCGAAUCUGAAAUUGAAUUGUCUCGUUUUGAAUCUGUGGCUUGAACUGAUUUUCUCCUCUUACCUUCCUCCCGUCUUGUCUGUGCAAUAAAGUGCUCUUUGCACCUC